AUGGAAGAUAGUCCAGUUUAUUUUUAUGAUCUUAAUAAACCAUACGGUGAAUUUAGUAAUUUUUAUCCAUCUCCAAUAAAACUUGAUGGAUAUACUUGGCCUACGAGUGAACAUUAUUUUCAAGCACAAAAAUUUAUUUCAAAUAAAACACAUUAUAAAAAUGUUUUACAAUUAUCUACACCUCGAGAAGCUUUUGAUUAUGUUCGAACUUAUCAAUCAUCAGUACGAUCAGAUUGGGCACAAGUUAAAGAUGAAAUAAUGUUUAAAGCAUGUAUGGCUAAAUUUGAACAACAUCCUAAAUUAAAAGAAUUAUUAUUAUCAACUGGCAAUCGUCUUUUAGUUGAACAUACUAAAAAUGAUUCGUAUUGGGGAGAUGGAGGAGAUGGAACUGGAAAAAAUCAAUUAGGAAUUACUUUAAUGCAAGUUAGAAACAAUAUUAAAGAUAAACAAUUUUAA